AUGAGCACGCAUACAGAAUUCAAAGAGAACACAGUUGUUGUUGUCUUUGGAGCAAGUGGUGACUUAUCGAAGAAAAAGACGUUUCCGGCUUUAUUUGGUCUUUUCAGAGAAGGGUAUUUGGAUUCCAGUACAAAGAUUAUUGGUUAUGCACGUUCAAAAUUGACCGAUGAGGAUUUGAGAGGUAAAAUAGCGCCAAAUCUCAAGAAACCUAACGGAGCUAAAGACGAUGAAAAAGCGGAGCAAUUCCUCAAGAUGGUGAGCUACAUUUCAGGGCCUUAUGAUGAAGACCAAGGCUUCAACACAUUGAGAACGGAGAUCGAGGAGUACGAAAAACAAAAGGGUGUAGAGGAGCCUCACAGGCUGUUUUAUCUUGCGCUGCCUCCAAGCGCUUUCAUGCCCGUGGCGAACAACAUAAAGAAGCUUGUUUACGCUAAAAAUGGUAUAACGCGUGUUGUUGUCGAAAAGCCUUUUGGCCAUGAUUUAGAAUCUUCCCGUGAACUUCAAAGGGACCUUUCUCCACUUUUCACCGAAGACGAGCUGUUCAGAAUUGACCAUUAUUUGGGCAAGGAGCUAGUGAAAAACUUGCUUUUGCUCAGAUUUGGCAACACGUUCCUCAAUGCCGCUUGGAAUAAAGAAAAUAUUCAAAUGAUACAGAUUUCUUUUAAAGAGCCUUUUGGCACAGAAGGUAGAGGUGGCUAUUUUGACGAAAUUGGUAUAAUCCGCGAUGUCAUGCAGAACCACUUGUUACAAAUCUUAACAUUGUUGACAAUGGAACGUCCCGUUUCUUUCGAUCCCGAAUCUGUUCGCGAUGAGAAAGUACGCGUUUUGAAGGCAUUUGCCCCAAUUGACACCAACGACAUUCUCACUGGUCAGUAUACAAAAUCUGAGGACGGAGAAAAGCCAGGAUAUCUUGAUGACGAAACUGUAAACCCGGACUCGAAAUGUGUUACUUUUGCUGCUCUUGGUUUCAAAAUUCGUAACGAGCGUUGGGAUGGUGUUCCAAUCGUCAUGCGUGCUGGAAAAGCUUUAAACGAAGGCAAAGUUGAAAUAAGAGUUCAAUUCAAAGCUGUUCCUUCUGGAAUUUUCAAAGAUAUUCCUCACAAUGAAUUGGUCAUAAGAGUCCAACCAAAUGAAGCCAUUUAUUUGAAAGUUAACUCAAAGACUCCUGGACUUUCGACAACCACUCAGGUGACAGAACUUGAUUUGACAUAUGCUAAGCGUUAUAAAAAUUACUGGAUUCCAGAGGCGUAUGAGGCAUUGAUCAGAGAUGUGUUGAAAGGAGUUCACUCGAAUUUUGUGAGAGACGACGAACUUGACGUAAGCUGGAAAUUAUUCACUCCACUUCUCAAUUUCUUGGAGGGCCCUGACGCUCCACAGCCAGAGCUAUACGCUUACGGCUCAAGAGGACCUAAGCAUUUGGCUGAGUACUUGGAAAAGCAUAAAUAUGUUUUUGAGGAACAGGGCUUAUACCAAUGGCCUGUUUCCAGUCCAGACCAGUCUAAAGUUUCAAAAAUGUGA